UCCCUGUGCCGAACCUGUAAAAUACACUAGCCACUCCCACUAGAAACGGCUGUUUUCUACUCGCUGGGCUGGGGGUUUUAUUCAUUUGUCUACAACGGACAACUUGCACUUGCACUUGCAAUUGGGAUUCUCGAUCGACCGGACUCGACAAGAACCAGAUACGAACGAAAAAAAAUCACCAAAUAACCCGGCACGCUUUCUCGUCAGUCUGCCCGAUGAUCUUCUGGGCCCAGGAUCGUCGUUCGCCGUGCUUCUGAUGCUGCACUGGCAUCUCUGCCCAUUCUUCGCGCGUAAAACAGCAAUCCCCUGGAAUUACCGCCGGCAAUGGGGGCCUUUGAGGACGACAAAUCCUCCGAAUUAAACCGCGUUUCGUCGCUUCGAACCUCGGUGAGGGUUUCUAUCUCACAAAGGGACGAUGAGGACUAUGACGUGCAGGCCAUGGUAGUUGCCGACGGAUUUCGCCCGGUAGAUGCGACAAACACUCAAACUCCGAGACCUGCGACGGCGCUGCAAGAUGUGCCGAUGACACAAAUACCGCCGCCACGUCCAUCAAGUAUUACAAAGCCGCAUCGGAGGAGCGAAUCUCUGGCUUUGCAGCACGAUGGAUCGUCUUCUGAGUCGGAUAGUAGGUCCCUAAGCAGAGUUUCUCUAAGUAGAGUUUCGAGCGGUUCUACUGCAUCGCCGUUUGUUGAUUCUGAAGACCCGUACGAUGGCCCAUCUGGUCCUUCUCACCCGUAUCAGAUGUAUCCACAGGAUGUUCGAGUAGCACGAACGGCUAGUCUAGCGACAACGUCGACGGUACCGGUCUCUGAGCGGUCGUACAAUGGGCCUCGCGGGCCGGCGCAUCCGUACGGCAUGUAUCCGCAGAACACCGUAUCUGAAACAGGUGGAAUGUCCAGCGGGCCGGUACAGGCGGAAAUUAAUGUCGGGUUCCCUGGAGCGACGGACAACUACCAAAGAAGAAUUGGUCCAGACGGAGAGGACGUGGCUGAUUUGAUUGGUCCCGAUGGCCAUACGGAACAGCUACCUCCUUACACGAGAUAUCCGGAAGAAGCGUAUACUAGAAAGGCGUUGGGUGUGGAAACGCCUCAGCCAGCACCUGUGCAGCCAAUGUUGGCCAUUCCGGGUGCUGGAGGUAUCGGGAUAGCUACUCGAAAUCCCGAAUUCGCGUCUACUGAGGAUCUAGGCGGAUUAUCCUCGCCCCAAUCCAGACAAUCUAUCAGGAGUUUUACAUCUGAGAACAGCCAGAAUGCACUAAAUGCUGCUGUUACGACUAAUAAAGAAGCUGAAGAUGAGAAAAACUUGCCAAAGGACUGGCAAGUAACCGCGAAAAGGAGGGUUUGGGGGAUUGUCCCAUGCUGGGCCAUCGUCCUGGCUGCCAUUGUCCUCGUUUUGAUGGGAGUAAUACUCGGUGCUGUUAUUGGGACUCUCCUUCACUCCAAUUCGAAGAAUAAAUCGCAUAAGGAUGGGCCGCCUUUACCAAUGGUAAAUCCGGGCAACUGGGACACACAACCUCUCAGUACCCUGCCGUCAGAUUUACCACCCCUACAAGAAGGACAUUUUUCCUUACCUCUCCGGAACAAUCGAAUGUCUAAUACCUGCUUUAGUGACUCGACGUUAGCUCAAGCAUGGAACUGCGAUCUCUUUUUCUUCCAACUUAGCAUUGACAUCAAGAGAUUACCUGGUCAACCGGAAACAUCUGACUAUUCACUAGGGUUCUCUUAUAAUGAGAGCACGACUUUGAAAAACAACGUGUACCUUUGGGGGAUGCAGCCGCCCGAAUUAACUGACGUGCGACUAAAGCUUGUCAAUGAUAUGCACGAAGGCCCUCGAGGUCCGGCGUGGAAUUUCGAGGUUGCCUACAAUAAAACUGUCAUCGUUCCUGAUCAGGCCUUAUCAGUUAGCCCCUCCUCUUCCCCGUCUGUUGUUCACCGUCGUCAGACGCUGUAUGGCGGCGGUUUCAAGCGUAAAGGUGCCCAAAUCGGAGACCGCAUAUGGAUUUGCCAUUGGGACAACACCGUCUUAGAGGCUUUUAUCUACGCAAAUCAAAAUAAUAGUAUUAGACCGAUGGCAGGUCCUCCACCGCCUCUAACGACUGGGCUAACUACGACACCCGACGCGGCUGUCACUGGAUCCCCUGAAGGUGUUGACAACGGCAGCGAUUUAAGGCCUUCGGAUGUUCCUUAUGGCGCACCCCAAGAUCACUAUGGGACUACUACGGCCUCUAAUGGCCUUCCGAACCCAACCGAUACUUCCUCGACUCCUACGUCUAGUAGCAUAUCCGACCAAGACAUUCCCAUGCCUCCGAAUUAUCCACCCGUAUACCCACGGGUCAUCAAGGUCGAGGAGCAUCGUAACGCCGACUCGUCGGCGGCUAAGCCUUGGUGCCGCCAGUUUCAGAUUAACGAGAACAACGAGGCAGAAGCAAUAAAAGUAGAUGGAAAGACAGUCGAUAUCAUCAUUAAUGAGGACGAAGGAGUGUUUGGAUCAGGACCCACGAAGGACGGAGUCGCGGAGCGCCAUCUAGGAGGCCGCGGGGAUGGUAUCGGGAUGGGAAGCGAUAUGAGUGAUUGCGGCUGUAUGUGGUGGCUCUCCUGAACGGCUGAGAUUGUAUGCGGUGUCAUCAUUUUCAUUUCUCACUCUUCGGACGGCUCAAAGCGAAGAGAACGAAAACCUAUUGUAUAUAGCAUGAUUAUCUGGGAAGAGGGCGCAUAUACAUUUCGGCGUUCAGGGGAAUUUCGCUUACGCGGCGAACGGUACUUGUAUUAUUGGCUUCCAGGGGAAAAUUAGCGGGCGACUUCGAUUCCCGCUUCUCGGUCGACCCCAUACUUAUUAUUUGCGGGCGCGUUUUCGGGCUACGGCGUUGUUGGAUACACGACGGUGGGAGAGAGAUACGUUUCCUUGGUUGCGGCUGUUGAUAGGAGAGCGGUAUUUCCUCACACAUCACAUAAAUAUCUACCAUAUAUAUAUUAUGCUAUAUAGUUAUAGUCAUAUAGGACGUCUAUCGAGAUACCUGGUAGGAGCAUUACUAGGGAACUUUAACCCCCAGGAUUGUAUCUAUGUUUGUUAAACUAGGCUGGAUUGAUGAGGUUGGGCGUUGACAAUGUGUAUGCACGACAUAACUACUUGGUUUAUAUACUAUCAUAGAGGGAAUAAGGAUAAUGUAUGAAUAGUAUUUGUCGAGUA